AUGCUGCGAGAGAUUGACGACCUAAAAAAGAGGUUGCGUCGUGCACAGCAAAGGCGAUCCCCUUCCAGCUCCGACCUAUCCUCUAAUGAGGAAAAGGAUAUCAGUUACAGGUGGAGAUCAAGAACUCCCCCAAGUGAAACUUUUUCCUAUGAAGAAGAGCAGCGUCAUGAACGGAGACAUAGGAGCCCGUCUAGUAAGGGUCUGGGUAAUGAUGCCAUGAACAAAGUACUGGAUCAAAUCUCUAGGUCACCCUUCACGCACAGGAUAAAAAGGGCUAGACUACCCCGGCAUUUUCACCAACCUACGUUUACCAUUUACAAUGGCCGAGCAGACCCGGUGGAGCAUGUGAGUCAAUUCAAUCAGAGAAUGGCUAUCCAUUCUCAGAAUGAGGCUUUGAUGUGCAAAGUUUUCCCGUCUAGCCUGGGACCUAUAGCAAUGAGAUGGUUCAACAACUUGAAGACAAACUCCAUAGAUUCAUGUAAGCAGCUCGCCCAAGCUUUUUGCUCUCGUUUUAUUACGAACAGCAGGGUUCCUCGACCUCUGAGUUUGUUUUUGUCAUUAUCUAUGCACGAAGGGGAAACUCUAGAGGCAUAUGCUGAUAGAUAUUGGGAGAUGUACAACGAUAUGGAUGGUAACCACGACGACGUCGCCAUCAGCACGUUUAAGAGUGGCCUCCCCACUGAGCAUUGUUUAAGGAAGUCCUUAAUUGGUAAACCUGUUACCAGCGUUCGUCAAGUUAUGGACAGAAUUGACAAAUACAAAAGAGUGGAAGAGGACCAGCUACAAGGGAAAGGAAAUGAGAAGAUCAUCCCUCACAAAGGGAAUGAUUACAGGUCGGAAUGA